UUUGAAUCGAUACGAUUCCGGUUUGUUUUUUCUUCUAAAAUUUUAUCUUGUUUUCGUCAAAGGCAUUGCUACUUGCUCCAUUACACACAUAGAAGUCCAUUCUCUCGCUUUCUCUGAGCAAUCAAAAAUGAAACCCCAAACCCAAUCCUUCGCUCUCAAUCUUCUCCCAUCUCCCAAUUUCGGCAAACCCAUCGAGAAACGUGACUUCAUCUCUCUGAAACGAGACCCAUCUCGUCCAAUUUCCCUCCGAUGUUCCGUUUCCACGGCUUCGGAGACGCCAUUGACGGCAACAAAUCAUCAACAUCUCUCCGCCUCGAGUCACAAACCCUUUCCGGCGGAGGUUUCGAGGAGCAUCAUGGAGCUUUCCUCCGUCGGAACUCUCUCCACCUUGACCCACGACGGCUGGCCGCUCGGCGUCGGCGUUCGCUUCGCCGUUGACCAAGAUGGCACUCCCGUUCUUUGCCUCAACCGCACAUUCUCUCCUGACAAGAGGUCUGCUCUUCAUGUUCAGUUGGAGCAAUGUGGAUUGAGGACUCCUCAGUGUACGAUACAAGGUAGCAUUGCUCGACCUGGUGACGAUAAUGUUGUAAAGCGUCUUAGUGCUACAUGGAAGAAAAAGUUUGGCGAAGAAGUUGAAGAAGACAGUUUAUAUGUUGUUGCUGUUGACCGUGUGCUCCAGAUGGAAGACUUCAUGGAGGAUGGAAUAUGGGUGGCGUCAUCAGAUUAUAGACAUGCAAGGCCUGAUCCUCUUCGAGAUGUCGCAGAAGACAUUGUCAACCAGAUUAACACUAACAACAUGGAAGACAUUUUCCGUUUCUGCAACGUAUACGUGGAUCUGGACUUUGUGGUUAGUAGAUUCAACACUGAUGAUAUGCUGGUUUCAGGGACAAAGAUGAUAUGGAUGGAUAGGCUCGGAUUCGACCUACGAUUAUGGUCUCCACGAGGUGUGUAUGACGUGAGGAUUCCAUUUCCAACGGAAGUAACAGAUGAAAAAGGAGCAAAAUCAUCAUUUAAUGGAAUGUCACAGCUCGCUUGGGAAGUAGAGAAAAGCUAUUGCCCUGCAGAUUUCAACAAAGUUAAACUGCUUAAGCAAGUAGUGGGAUCAUCACACAAGGGAGGACAAUAACAGUUUUAUUAACUUUUUCUUUUUUUGUUCUUGUCUCCCCAUUCUUUGUUUUACAGUUGAUGCCACAAAGUCUGGCCUCUGUUGUAGCAUCUCUUUGAGAAUUCUCUGUUCCGAGUAACAGCGCAUGUACAACACCUGAACAAACAUCUGUCAUAUGUUCUUUUUAUAUUACUAAGGCUGCUCAAUGGGAGCCAACUUGUCAAUAGGAGAAUGCAAUGUUACUAUUAACAAUACCAUUUACUCAAUACAAGACAGAGGCAAUUACACACUUUAUGGAGCAACAUAUUGUUCCUUCAAAUGUUUUGUAGACUAUUUUUCCUUGACAACGAUCAUCGCAUUGCCUGCAUAUGUUGCGUGUAAGAUGAUUAUUGGAAAGAAUUUCAACGUAUCUUUCCCAAUACUCGAAUACUCUACCAGACAUGAGAUACAUCUCCUCCUCUCCAAGUAGACAUUUAAUAUGGAGUGUAACAUCGCAGUCAUUGCACAUAUAAAUUCCAUUUUUCUUCGGAUCUGCUUCAUUUUCACAAACGUCGCACCAAUACUCACCACUUGCAUCUUUAUCAUAGAAAAAGAAGAGAAAAUGUUCAUCAUGCUUGUACCUUAGCUUACCCGGUAAAGUGGCGCAGCCAAAACACAAAACAAAACCACAUUCUCCACAGUUUAGAAAUAAACGAUCUGCAUAUGAAUGGCAAAUCAAACAUUCCUGUUGACUUCGAGGUCUAGAUGUAAGAAACAAAGGAUGUGGAUGACACUGGUAGUUGAAUGGCUCUGAUAUAAAAGCACAACGUAUGUCUAACUUGUAAUAGCAACUCUCUACUCGACACUCGUAGUUGAAACCACUGUUGGCACGUAGACAAGCAUCACAAUCGAACAAAACGCCUAGAUGAUACACUUGUAGAGUAAGCGGAUGAGGAUGCAUCGGAUAUUGUUUCUUUCGAGGAAGAUGUGCACAUGCUUGAUGGAGAAUGAAAUCAUCACACUGCAUGCAGCUGUAGAUAAUAUCAUCACAUAUGGGAAGUGUGCAUGCCUGACACCGUUUGUUCUCGUCAAAUUCUCUAUCGGUCUCCUCGUCGAGUCUCAUAUGAUGAUUUUGAUGACUGAAAUGUUGUAUAAUUCUAUCACUUACCUCACUGAACGAUUUAAGUUCUUCUUCAUAGGCAUCUUCUGGUUCUCCCUCAAGCUCUUUUCCAUCCCAUACAUCUUCUCGUGUUGCACAUUUAGAAUGAACACCAUAACUACAGCCCUUCAUGCAAGAAUAUCUUCCGUAAUCCGUGUCUAUCUUUCCACGGCACACUCCACAAGACCAUUUGUGAGGAGUAAGUGAAGAAUCAAAAGAAAGACGGUGUUGAUGACGUGAUAUUCUUAUGAUCCAUGGUAAGUAGACACACUCUCUAUGGACCACAAAAUGACACUGGGGACAUGCAUAAAUGGAAGACCUACUAUGACUCAAGGCACAAACAUCACAGGUCAAUGACGACUCUUUUCUAAGAAAAUACAAGAGUGGAUGCUCAUGCCUUUUUGGAUGAUCUAUUGCAAGGACUGGUGGUUUUUUGGCGCAAUCUCGACACAUUGUAAAAUUGCAUAUAGAGCAAUUGUAAGCCCCUACAAUUCUGAGUGAACAGCAUGAGCACCUAUAAUAAUGUGUACGUGGUUCUUCCCAAUAUGGAUGAUAAAUUUUAAACCGAAGAGAAUGUUUAGGAUGGUAUGGGUGAUUUGAUAUUGGUUCGGUACACUCUUUGUGGAAUCGGUUAUCACAAUGUUUGCAUGAAAAGAAUGUGGUACCGAUCAGUAUGUUUUUCCAGCAAAUGUUACAUUGGACAUCGCCAGGUGUUCCCUCUUUGUUGUUGCACUGAUCUAAGAGACUGAUUUUGUCGAACUGUACCGAAUUAUUAGACUUGUCGACUUUGGAAUCAAGAAAACUCGGUUGGAUUGGUAACUCCCCGAAUUGGACCCAUCGAAACUCGUCUUCCUCGUUUCUAAAUCGUGCAUAAGGGCAAAUGAGAGGACGAGUAACUUUCUGCUGCUUUGACGACACACUAUCCAUGGCUGUAAGCCUGUAACGAAACAAUAAAGUUAAU